AUGCUCACAUCCGGGUUCACGAACACCCCAAUUACCAAAGGUCUCCUCAUCUACACCAUCGGCUCGUCAAUUGCCCUCUCCAUAUUCGAUAUCAAAUACCUUGCGCCGAUUCAUGUAUCGCCGCACUUUUGGCCCUAUGCGCAAUUCUGGCGCGCUCUGACCUGGCAUGUGGCGGGGUUUACGAACUCCACGGAGGCUUUGUUUGCGGCAAUGCUAGUGUAUCAUCUUAGAGUGAUUGAGCGGGCUUGGGGGAAGAGGAAAAUGGCGACCUUUCUUUUGACAACAUUACCGUAUACAACACUCCUUCCGCCCAUUCUUCUGGCGCUAUUCGUGCGUCCUCUCUCUCUCAACGCGCUCAACUAUCUUCCCUCGGGGCCAACGGCAAUGAUCUUCGCCUUGCUCGCACAGUACUACGCUACCGUUCCGCAUACUUUUCGCAUUCGCAUCGGUACCAGCACCUCUUCCUCUUCAUCACCCGACUCAACCUCCACAACAACCCAACCACCAAGCGCAAAUACCAGCACCAGCACCAGCACCAGCACCAACACACCAAGCUCUAAACCCCCGUCCCCAAGUCUAACAAUCCUCCUCUCCGACAAAACAACCACGUACCUCGUCGCAGCACAGCUCGCGCUCUCCCAGUUCCCGCACAUGCUCCUCCCCUCCGCAAUCGGCUGGUUUAUUGGAAUGGCCUGGCGCGCGGAACUUCUGCCCGGCCUUUCGCCGGCGACGCAUGGCUUCCGGGUUCCUGCGUGGAUCGUGGGAGAAAGGGAGCGUCGCGUUCGGGGUGAAGCUGAUGGGAGUGGGAGGGGGGUCCGUGCAGGCGGAGGUGGCGAGACGGAGCGGUUUGAGGAUAUGAGGAGGAGGUUGGAGGGGGAGGUUGCUGCGUCGGCGUCCGGGAUGGAUAAUCUUGGUGGGGAUCGGAGGAGGAGAGCGUAG